AUGGCGAUUGAUAAGAGUUGGACGAAGUUGAGAAAUCGUGCAUGUGAUGUUUAUUGGGAUGGUCUCCAAAAUUUCAUUAAUAUGGCGUCACAACACAAAGAUUGUGAUGGGAGAAUAAGAUGUCCAUGUGUCAGAUGCAUGAAUCUUAGACUGCAAACUUUGGAUGUCGUUCAAGCACAUAUAUUCGAUCGGGGUUUCCAACAGAGUUAUGAACAGUGGAUUUAUUAUGGGGAAGUCGAGGAAGAUGUUGAUGAUGAAGGGAUGGAUGAGAAUGAGCCCGUAGAUGAAAUGCGAGAUGUCGUUGAUGAUUUCCUUUUACCGAACAAUGCUGAAGAAGCUAACAGUGGAAUGGGUCAGUACUAUGACGAGUUAUUCGACGAGAUUGAAGCUGAGUUGUAUUCGGGUUGUGAUUGGAUAUCAUCGCUAAACUUUUUAGCUAAGCUGAUGCACUUGAAAGUGAGGGGGAAGAUACCGAACAACACAUUUGAUGAAUUGUUGAAAUAUGAUUGCUGUUUAUUUUUUAAUGAGCAUGCAUCUAAAGAUUCAUGUCCGGUGUGCGAGAGUAGCAGGUGGAUAAAUGAGAAGAAUAAAGGGAAAAAAGUUCCGCAUAAGGUGAUGCGUUAUUUUCCGUUGAUUCCCCGAUUAAAAAGAUUGUACAGUUCAAGGUAUACAGUGGAAGAGAUGCUAUGGCAUCAUACUGGGAGAUCGAAAGAAGAGGGGAUGAUGCGUCAUCCGGUUGAUGGGUUAGCAUGGAAGGAUUUUGAUGCCAGACAUCCAGAUUUUGCAAGAGAUCCUAGAAAUGUUCGUCUGGGCUUGGCUGCCGAUGGGUUCAAUCCAUUUGGCAACAUGAGUUUAUCGUACAGCAUGUGGCCUGUUGUCUUAACGAACUAUAAUCUGCCACCCUGGCUUUGUAUGAAGGAUCAUUAUUUCAUGCUGACUCUUCUUAUUCCUGGGCCAAAAUCACCAGGCAAAGACAUUGAUGUAUUUUUGAGGCCAUUGGUGGAAGAGUUGAAAGAGCUUUGGAUUAACGGGGUGGAAACUAGGGAUGGUAGAAACAAUAGCAUGUUCAAGAUGCGUGCGGCCCUUUUGUGGACGGUAAACGAUUUUCCUGCUCGAAGUAGUUUGUUUGGAUGGAGUGGUCAGGGUUACAAGGCCUGUCCUACAUGCAACGAAGACACAUCCUCUAUCCGAGUGAUUGGUAAGACAUAUUAUGUUGGUCAUAGACGAUUCUUGACCAGUAAUCAUCGGUGGAGAAAGGAUACUCAAUUCGACGGAAAAGUUGAGAGAAGAUGUCCUCCAAGAAAGUUUACUUGUCAGGAUAUCUUAGAUCAAGUUACUGCUCUACCACCUCAAGUCCCGGGGAAACAUGAGAGGUUUGGAGGUUUGAAACGAAAAAGAGGUGCGGAAGAUAGUAACUGGAGGAAAAAAAGCAUCUUUUAUGAACUUGACUACUGGAGUACGAAUGAGUUAAAACACAACAUAGAUGUUAUGCAUGUUGAGAAGAAUGUUUGUGACAGUGUCCUUGGUACUAUCUUGGAUAACGAUAAGUCCAAAGACACUACAAAUGCAAGACAUGAUCUAAAGAAUAUGGGAGUUAGGGACGCAUUGUGGAUAUAUGAAGAUCAGAAUAAAAAGUUAAUGAAACCACAUGCUCCCUACGUGUUGACUCCUGAAGAUAGGCGAGAAUUUCUUCAAUUUCUAAAAGGUGUUAAACUACCAGAUGGUUUUUGUUCGAACUUGAAGAAGAAAGUUACUGAUAAUGACUCAAAUAUCAUUGGACAAUUAUGUUCGCGAACCUUGAAUGUAAAUGAUAUGGAGAAAGCUCAAAGGGAGGUCAUUCACAUCUUAUGCAAAAUGGAGUUGAUUUUUCCUCCAGCUUUUUUUGACAUAAUGAUACAUUUGGUCUUGCAUUUGCCAGAAGAGGCUUUAUUGGGUGGGCCGGUAUUUAUGAGAUGGAUGUAUCCUUUUGAAAGAUACAUGAAGAAGUUAAAAAACUACGUCAGGAAUAAAGCUCGUCCUGAAGGGUCCAUAGCUGAAGGAUAUGUGGCGGAUGAGGCUUUAACAUUUUGUUCCAUGUAUUUCAAAGGUGUGGAAACCAAAUUUAAUUGUCUGGAUCGAAAUGUGGAUAUAGUUUAUGUUCCACGCCACCUAUCAGUGUUUCAAUCUCAAUGUCGUCCAUUGAGUAAGGGACUUCAAGUGUCUCUCGAUGAAAAGACUCGGAAUAUAGCUGAGUGGUUCAUACUGGAGAAUUCUUCGGAAAUUGAAGUCUAUAUGGACGAACACCUUCGUGAGAUCAAACAGAGGGAUCCAUUGGGCGAUCAUAACCUUUUGCACAAAAAAGAGUUUCGUUCCUGGUUUCACGAGAAGAUAUAUGACUUGCACCAGCUCGGGUCAUUAGAGAAUGGAGAUGAGUUGCUAGCUUUAGCAUCCGGAGGUCGAGCUUGGAAAGUUGUUGAAGAAGUGAAUCAUAGGCAAGUUUGGGAUAUUCCGAGCAGUUCUAAUCAAAUUACUGAUAAUGAUGUUGUACAUGACACAAACUCAUCCAAUUUCAUAUUGACUGUUGAGCUUGGGGAGUUGGCUGUUCAACAAUCUAAUCAACCAGCAACAUUCAUAGGCAACAUCGCUCGACCUUAUUCCACUGCUCAAGAGACUGAUGAUUUUAUUAAUGAUGAUGAAGAAGUCGAAGACGUAGAAGAAGCAGAUGAUGAGGAUGAUUUACUUGUUGACCUUAGUGAAGAUGAAAACACCAAUCCUGUUUCACCUUUAGAUGUUGAUUUGUUAAGUGAUGACAGUGACUAUUGUACUUAG